AUGGAAGCUCGAUUGUUGCACGAGAAGGAGCACAGAUCCGCACCAGAUUUACAAUGCUGCUACAUUUGUGGCACUACUCGAUGGUGGUUUCAAGCGCCGGCGGAGGAUUUGCCAUACAUUGAUCAUUCUUACAUCCACGCCUUCCAGCUAUUUGCAUUAUGUCGUGAAUGCGGUCUCUGUGUUCCAGACAGGAUAAAGAAUCCGCAUUUUCUUCAGCAUUUUCAAAAACGUCACAUGCAGUGUACGGUAGAACAUAAGUGGCGUUGCCUCAUAUGCGAUACGAUAUUCCUUUCUGGUGAUGCUGAAAGACAUGCUGUAGAACGACAUUUGGUAGUUGGCGUGAAAACGAAUCGAAAGAGCACGUACUGCUUGAAAAUAAGUGAAGUGUUAAUGCGGGCGUUCCUCGGUUAUCCGAUACCUGAUGAUGCAAAAAUAUAA